CAAGUAGUAUCCAGAUUUUUUGUACGUAUACGUAGGUCGUGCCUAUCCCAUUUAACGGGAAGUGCAUGGUGUGGCGGCUGAAUUAAUGUAGACAAGAGGAGAUAGGCUUCGUGCACACUUACAAUAAUGCGCAUAAAAUAUCUUUUUUUGCCUUGUUACACGAUACAUGGGCUCCACCUUUAUUCGUGAUAGAAAUGCACAAUCUUUUAUUAAAGAUUCAUACGCGACUAUAUAAUCUUUAAAGUGACGACUAAUUAUUAUGUAAUUAAUAUCGGCGAUAUAAAUUAAACCUAAAACCCCCCGAAAAAAUAUAUCCUUUUGUAAAAAGGCUAGCGUGGGUUCGCAAACUUACUACUUUUAAUUAAUAACAUAACAUGCAUAAGUGAAUUUCAAUACUGUUAAUAUUUUCAAUCAUAAGAAAUAACGUAACAUAAUGCGAUAUAAAUGAAAUAAAUGAGUUGCAUCGAAAAUGGAUGAUUACGUGGCAUUGAAAAUUUCUCCGUCUCUCUCUCUCUCUCUGUCUGCGUCAAGUGAACCUUCACCGAGUGAAAUUGUACGCGAACCGAACGGCGAUGCAAAUACUCGCGUUUAAACUUUUCAUUCCCCCUUCUGCUUUUUUUUAUCCACACCUUUCUACUUCCUUCCGGUUCCGUUCAGCCGGUCGCGCAUGAGGGCACGCAAGCGCGCCUAUGGACCCCAUACGGCACCGUGGAGUUCAUCCACCACGCACAGGGGAUUUUCAGUCAGCGAACAUACGCGAUCGGGACCGCCUCGAAAAUCAAGUGCCAACGCAUGACGAAUUGUCAGAUGACAUAAUCGUUAAAUUAAAUUAUUACGGUAAAUUAUUAUGUGGUGCGUUCAGUGUAAUUGUCGAAAUUUUACAUGACUAAAGAUCAUUUUUCAACUGCAAUCGUUAGUUAAAACGGCCACGCCGAACGUAACGAUGGAAACUAGACGACUGGCUGUAUCGCGCGCUUUUGUUUGUUGCUCGAAUAUAAUUUUUCUGAUGUCAGGCUUUGUGUUGAUGUCAUUGGGAGGAUUAUUAUUAGCUGACAAUGAACGAAUUUUGUUGUCACGUCUGUUAGGAUCCGGCGACAUUCAUCCCGAUCAGCCAUUAUUUUAUUAUCUGGCCUUUGCCAUAGUUGCACUAGGAUUCCUCAUUGCCAUCACCGGACUCCUCGGUUGUUGGGCAGCUUGCCUCUUUAAUCGCAGCAUUACGAUCUCGUAUCUCGUGACGAUAAUCCUAUUGCUACUUGGUGAAUGCACCGUGUGCAUUAUCGCCGUUUUCUGGCCUCAUGUAUUGGGGAUCGAUGUGAGACCAGCACGUCUAAUACGAGCUUUACAACGCAGCUACGCCGUUCCAGGACGCGAACAAUUUACAGCAGCUUUGGACCUUGCCCAGACAACGUUUGCCUGUUGCGGCAUCAACGGAAGCAGCAAUUAUGGCACGUCGUGGUGGCGGCUGCAGGAAGUCGGCCGAAGAGAAUUGGUAGUGCCUUUCAGUUGUUGCACCCUGAAUAACACCAAUGAGACAGACUCCUUUCUCAACCCUAUACCGGCCAAUCUUACUCUUUGCCAAGCUCUCAACCCUGCUGAACAUCAGUAUGCCCGACACACAGAGGGCUGUCUCGAGCAUAUCGAGAAAUGGACGCAGGAUCAAGCGCUAAUCUUGCUCAUCAUUGUAUUGGCUGUCAUGUUUGUCGAAGUUGUCGCGCUUCUCAGCAUAUUUCUCGCCUGUUCCCGAGGAAAGAGGAAAAACAAAUCACAAACGUCAACGUUUACCUCUACGCAAACUUUGAGCCCAUUCGAAAGCGAUCACGAUUUCAGUAAGGAAUUAUCUUUAUGGCUGGAGGGCAGUGAAGGACAGACAGCAAUCGAUAUAAAGAACGCGAAUAUGCAGGAAAUCGUAUGUAAUGAUACUAAAUAUGGCGUGUUAAUACCGAGCGGAAAGAGCAUAAUCGAGGAAUGGCGAAAUCCUCCGAAAUAUCCCGAGAAUUUAUCACAAAACGACCUUCGACGAGGGUACGAGGAACGUGCGGUUGACGUUGCGAUGGACGGUCAUCCGCAGGACCUUUCCAAAAGAACCACGCAAAAUGCGCCGCCGUCGAGAAUCGCGAAUGGUAACAGCAGUAAAAAUAGCAACGACGCGAAGCUAGUCAAAAUUAGAAGACCCCAAGGCGGCGGGACUGUCAGAAGCAUCCCCAUUAAGGACUAUCAGGCAUCGAUCGCCCACAAUAUUGGCACAUUGAGACGAUCGGCCGCACCGCAGUCGCAAUUCGAGUCUCUGGUUUCCGAGCCUGAAAAGAGCAUUUACGUGCCGUCAAAGAAGAGAACACCUAUAAUCAAUAGCUCGCACUACCAUACCGCGUCGCAGACUACGAUGCAACUGGAAACCACUGACAAAAGAUCGCUUUGCCGUUUCUGCAACGGUCAGCACGACCGUUGUUGUGCCAAUAUCGAUUCAAACAAAACCGCCGAGGACGAUCGAUAUUUUAAUCAGAUGGAGGAUCAGAAGUCGCAAGACGGUUCUGUCAUAGAUGAAUAUUUUCGCAAGAGUUCACGCAAGAGGUGCAACACGAGCGAUUUUGGAAGGGGAUCGAGAGGCAUGCGGAAAUCCUCACGAGGAGGUUCCGCAGGGACGAUAACGACGAUGGCUGAUACAAGGGGCGAAGAAGCAAAAGCGAAGGAAACGGAUGCGCUGCAAUUAACAGAAGGACACGUCGGUCAAAAAAUCUCAGCGUACGAGCAGAACGUCCGACGUAGCUUGCGCGAUUCCAGCCCAGUCAUUAGAUAUCGAUCAGCUUUUGAGGGCUUGAAGGGACACCGCAGCAUCGGAGUACCGUUGGUAGGUAUGCACAACGCCUGUGGCUUACCCGUUGUGGCAUCUUGGCACGACCACGAGCUUCUCGAACCUCUGCGGAUCAGCCACGGAGUCGUGGAGACCGUAGGACCUGUAUACAGGAGUCCUCGUGUAGUCCCGAACGUGCGACGUCGGACUCAGCCGAAAAGAAAACCACCACGUCCAAUGGAUCACGCGACGAUUAAUUCGAAGGACCGGAAUGACAGAAGAUCGACCGUGAAAUCUGUGACGCAUCUGGAUACUAUUAACGGGAGGUCCAGAAGAAAGCACUUCCGUCGCUCAUCGUUUACCGCAACGAAAGUGGGAUCACUGUCUUCGAAAAACUCCUUUAAGAAGACAGCCAGAUCCAAGAGGUAUUCCGGGAUUAGAACGAGAUCACUGAUGGAUACCCUCAGCAGGAGAUCGCUUAAAGGAGAAAGCGCGAAACGGACGACUCUGUACGCGAAGGACGAUGGGGAUGAAGCUGUGCGAGUCUUGAAGAGCUUAUGUUUGAACCCUCUGGCGCGCACCAAUCCAGAAACAGAUAUGAUGUGGUAAAACGGACAAAUUGUAAAGAAGUAUCGAUGUAUUCACUGCUCUCGGUGUUAAUACGUUUUGAUAUUUUAUUAUCUUAUUCGUUAAAUAUA